CUUGACAAGGCUGCAGUAAAAGAUGCCUCAAGGCCACCGUGCACCAUAACUCAAGUGGAAGGGACCAAGUUGUUCUCGGGGUGCUACUGAUAUGGGUGGUGACCUUGAUUCCUAGCACAAUAUGGGCACAAAUCAACACUCUUUUUGUCAAACAGGGCACCACAUUGGAUAGAAGGCUAGGCUCAAACUUCCAAAUUCCAGCAGCAUCGCUUGGAAGCUUCGUGACCCUGUCCAUGCUCCUCUCUGUGCCAACAUAUGAUCGCUAUUUCGUGCCCUUGAUGCGCAGGAAAAUAGGAAAUCCUAGAGGCAUAUCCCUCCUUCAAAGGCUAGGCAUUGGAUUUGUGAUCCAAAGCAUAGCUAUUGGGAUUGCAUAUGUUGUGGAGGUCCAGAGGAGGCAUGUGAUAAGAGUACACCACAUAGUAGGGCCUCAAGACGUAGUGCCUAUGAGCAUAUUCUGGUUGCUACCUCAAUACGUCCUGAUUGGAGUGGCUGAUGUGUUUAAUGCCAUUGGAUUGUUGGAAUUCUUUUAUGAUCAGUCCCUAGAGGAGAUCUUCCUGGUGACAAUGGUAGACAAAAUUACAGGGAGGGGAGCACACAAGAGCUGGAUUGGUGACAAUUUGAAUGACAGUCACUUGGACUACUAUUAUGGAUUCCUUCUGGUGAUAUCUACCCUGAAUUUAGGGGCCUUCUUUUGGGCAUCAAGUAAGUAUGAGUACAAGAGGGAAACCAAUAAAGAAGUAGAUGGGGGUUGUAUUCAGAUUCAAGUAGAUGGGGGUUGUAUUCAGAUUCAAAUGGAGGGUAAGACCUUGGAAACAUCCCCGCUAGGGUAAAAAGUAUGAAAACUAAUUAAUAAAAAAUAUGUAUAUCUAUGAAUAAUGCAUGUAUGUAUUUAGUAUCCUUUAAAAUCUUCAAUUCUCUUUAAGUGAGGGAUGAAGUUAUUAUUUUUAUCUAAGCAUGACUUAAGUUGUAAUAAUAAUUUUUACUAUCC